GUUGCGCGCAUCGUAAGCAAGCGGAGCGCGCGCUUGCGAACAUAUCUGACAGACAUCCACAUGACAACUCCUUCCACCUCGCCGCGGGCUGAAGGCCCACCCGACAGCAAAAUGGCCUCAGGCUGCAAUUACAGAGGCAGGCGCCACGUGCCCGCUGAAGGCAGCGUGAUGUGGCAUACGGGCAUCAAUGACUUACCAGACGAACUGCUGCUAAUGAUCUUGUCCCACGUGGCUUUCACCGAUCUACUGGAUGUGGUACCGAACGUGUGCCGUCGUUGGAAAAAGCUGUCUCAAGAUUCCAAGUUGUGGGCUGACAGGGAAUUCAAUAUUGGGGCCCUGUGGCAGUGCUACCUGGAUGACCGUAAGGGUGGUGGGAACGAGCAGGAAGCAAUAGAGAUCUUCCGAAACAUCCCCAACCUGUGUAUAGUGCGCAUGUGGUUCAAUGUCAACCCCCUCGUCAUCCAGGAGCUCUGCGAUCACUGCCCGAGGCUCGCGGAGUUGCACCUCCAUCCCAGUCAGAAGCUCACCUACUCGUUGCAGGUACUGAAGACCUUGGUGGAGAAGUGCACCAGAAUACACACACUGACGGCUCCCUACAAACUGCUGAAGUCUGAAAGGUGCUCGGAGGCCCUGUCGCAGCUGCACAACCUCCGUGUGCUGAAUCUGGAACCGGAAUACAAGGAAUUCGAUCGUAGCUCUACCCAGGAACCUUGUUUGGUGCGACCUCUGGUGAACGGAUGCCCGCAACUAGCCGAGGUCGACUUUGGGUUUACGUAUAUCGAUAUGGAAGACCUGAGGUACUUUCUGAGAGCCAAGAGGAACACCCUCAGGUCGAUACGCAUAAAGUGGGCGAUGGGUGGGACGAGCUGUGUCCCACCAUUGCUGGAGGCCUGCACCGAGUUGGAACGUCUGGAACUCUGCGAGGAUGACGACUUUGAGAUGGUCCACAGUAUACCGAGAGAGGCGUUCACUGCCCUGGGAAAGCUGAAGAACUUGCAGGAACUCAGGAUAUCGAUCCCUAUUCGACUACCGCCUGGAGUUGCUCCUCUGGCAUUUAAGGGUCGAGGGCUGAAAAGAUUGAGAAAGCUGGACAUAUGGUGUGGACCUGGCUUGGACAAUGAGACAAUAAUUGCCAUCAGCCGUGGGCUCCCUGCUUUGCGGAACUCUCUGUCUGUGAUGCAAAGGUGCUCUCGGCUGCUGCCUUCUCUGAGAUCUACCGCCUGCAACAGCUUGAAAUAUUGGACGUGACAGAUUGCAGAACACUCGGCGGGGCCCUGUUCCCCUACCUCGUCGGGCUGCCGCGACUUCACACGCUUUGAAUGGAAAAUAUGGCUUUUGCGAGGCUGCAACUGGGUGUGAGCAGCAUCCUCGAAUUGUCAGGUGUGCGCUGCCUGACAUUCGAUUAUUCCGUUGUCGCUGGAGUGCCGUUUGAAAAGUUUCCAGAAAAGCUCGUCAAUCUCAGAUGCAUAAAAGCAAAAGUGGAGCCAAUGCACAGGCGGCGUAUACUCCACAAGGGUACUGGUUCCACAUGCGGAAAUUUCUGGACCAGGCAACAGAGGCGGACGAGAGUGCUUGCAACAUAGAAAGCACAGAAAGUGAAAGUGAACGUUCCACACCAACGUUCGAAGAAAUGUUUGAGCAUGAGAUGCAAGAGCCUGUCGCAUGUAGCGAGGCACAGCCCCAGCCCCUGCGUCAAGAGCGGCCUCCCACUUAAAGGAGGGAAGUCACACCAGACGUGGCAACAGAUGUGAUGGUGGAGGCCAGCAGGACACUUAAGGCUAUGGCUGAUGCUGCCAGAACCAUGCCUGUCCAAGAAGACCGCUACAGUACCCUUGGCGCCCACAUCACAGCAGAUCUGCAUGGAAUGGAAAAAGUGGGUGGCAAGGAAUUCACCACUGCCACAAUGCACUGUCUGGAGCGGAAUUUAAUGGACAGGUGGGAUUUGCUGCAUGUGACAACCCAAGCACAACCGUCUGCCUCUGGGUAUAUCCAGGUUGCCUUGCAGCAGGCUGGAAUAGAGGAAGAAGACUCGAUUUUAUAUGUAUAUAAUUUUUGUAUCUCUCUAAUCUUCAUAAUCUAUUUUUAUAAUCAGGGUGCCUCACAUUGUAAAGCGCCUCAUCCGCCUCAUACAUCUCUAUUAAU